UGAUGGCUGUAGUUUUUGACAUAUUACAAGAAACCAAACAUUUCAUCCACCAUCUUCCCCUACCACCAUCGGAAUCAUAAGGCGUGGUGGUGUGGCGGCAGGUGGUGAUAAAGAUGACAUCAUCCAUGGCAAAUGGUGGUGGUAAGCCAGCACAACGACGUAAGGUUAUGGUUGUAGCAGAACCAACACGUGAGUCAGCAGCCGCCUUACAUUACGUUCUAUCUCAUGUCAUAUUCGAUAAUGACAUAUUAUAUCUUCUUCAUGUUGAGAAUCCUAAUUUUUGGAAGAACAAAAUAUCAUGCUUCAUAAAACAAUCAUCAACGUCUUCUUCAACCCCAGACGCUAGGGAAAGCAUUGGUUGCAAUGUUGGAGGUGGUGGUGGUUGUCUGGGCGAUAAUGUUGACUUUCUUGACCAAAUGAAAAGCGCUUGUGAGCUUGUGCACCCGAAGCUCAAGGUGAAGGUGUCUAAAGUUGAGUCAGAGGCUAGGGACAAGGGUUAUGUUAUUAUAUCACAAACUAAGGUGCUUGGAAUUGAUCUUCUUGUAGUAGGAAAGCGUCAAAGCCUGUCUAAUGCAAUUUUACGGCAAAGGAGGAACGGGUCGAUAAGAGGAGAAACUGCGGAGUAUUUGGUGCAACACAGUAAAUGCACUUGUGUUGCAGUGCAGAGAAAGGGCCAAAAUGGAGGCUAUCUUCUCCAUACAAAAACCCAUAGAAAUUUUUGGCUGUUAGCAUAGAAAACUCCUUGAUCUUUGUUUUGCCUAUUGAUAUCUGAUCUUGUGCAUUUAAAUCCAUCCUAGUGUGGUAUGCUCAUUUCUGUGUAUUUGCUGCACUAGAUGACA